UUCUUACCCUAAUUUAUAUGAUUACAUUAAUAACAUAACACACUCAGGCUCGCGCACUCCCACUUCCUUUCCCAAAGAGCGCGCGUGCGAUGCUAAUGCUAGCCCGUUCAGCUAACUGCAUCUCUGCAGCCCGUACAGCUGUGCGUGUGUAUAGCUACAGAGGCUAGCGUUUACCUGCCUGCACAACUUUUAACAACUUGUUUACAAACACUAUUGCAUUGCUUCCGACAUGUAUCUAUCUAUCUCUGCCAUUCAACUCUGGGAGGAACUAAAGACAAAUGGUCUUGUCAAGUAUGGCACAGCAACUGCGGUCACAGCUAUUAGUUUAGUUCUGCUGAGAAAGUGGAUUGCGGGUGGAGUAUGUCGAUGCCGUGUGCGACUAGAUGGAAAGACAGUUGUCAUUACUGGUGCCAACACGGGCAUAGGAAAAGAGGCAGCACAUGACUUGGCCAUGAGAGGAGCACGGAUUGUGAUGGCUUGUCGAGAUCUUUCAAGAGCAGAAAAGGCGGCAGCAGAGAUCCGCAGGUCUACGGGUAACGGCAACAUAGUAGUUCGGCACUUAGACCUGGCAUCUCUGUUCUCAGUACGGCAGUUUGCUCAUGAGUACAUUGCCACUGAGAACCGAUUGGACAUACUUAUUAACAAUGCUGGAGUGAUGAUGUGCCCUAAAAGCCUUACAGAGGAUGGCUAUGAAACCCAGUUUGCUGUCAAUCAUUUGGGCCAUUUUCUUCUGACUGUUCUGCUUCUGGACAUGCUGAAGAAAUCUACUCCGAGUCGAGUUAUUAAUGUGUCAAGCAUUGCUCACAAAGGAGGUAAGAUCCACUUUGAUGACCUUAAUUUCAACAAAACACCGUACGAUUCUUUGGUCAGUUACAGCCAGAGCAAACUUGCCAACCUGCUGUUUACUCAGGAGUUAGCACGAAGGGUUAAAGGGUCUGGUGUAACAGUCUAUGCGCUUCAUCCUGGAGUAAUCCGCACUGAACUAGGGCGUUAUGUGCAGACGCAACACCCUCUGCUCAGUGCCCUGUUGUCUUUUCCUGCCUUUCUAUUGAUGAAAACCCCAAAGCAAGGUGCUCAGACCUCCAUCCACUGUGCGGUUGCAGAGGGGCUGGAGUCUUAUAGUGGCUGCUACUUCAGUGAUUGUAAAUUGAAGGAACCAGCUCCUGAAGGUAAAGAUGAUCUUGCUGCGCUGAGAUUGUGGAAAGUGAGUUCAAAGCUUGUGGGCUACAAUGAAGAGGACUGACAUCAACAUCACAACUAGUGUUACUUUUAAUACCACAUGCCUAAAGAGGAAUGCUAUGUAUGCACUCUUUACCAUGUUUGUUUUUCCUUUAGGAAAACUGUAAUAAAAAAGUUAUUACAUUUAAUUGAUGGUAAAAGCAGUUUUAUCAAUGGAAGACCGGGGCAGAAUUUGCAGGACUAAAUUGAUUGCUCGAUAUUGUACAUUUGCUUAAAAUGUUAAAAAUCUAAUAAACAUUAUUCUUACCUAAUGGAAAGUGUGGAAAAUGAUAUAAUGAUGAAAUAGCUGCAAUUUAUUUUUAAAGGAUAUGUAAUUUUUUAUGAAAUGCUUACCAUUUUACAUCCUAUUACCUGUGUUUACUUUAGUGGCUCUGAUGCUCACGUUUGAAAUCCAUCCAUUAAAUUGCGGUUAAUGUGUUGUGACUCAUACAAAAUGCUCAAUUCUUAAAGCCAUUGUUAUUGCUUUGGCCUAUUCAUCUGAUCAAUUCCAAAAUAUCUUAAGAGUCAAAGCUGCACAACAUGCUUUAAAUAACAACUUGAUGCAAUAUGGAAAUGUUUUCCCAGCAAGCUUUUUGUGGGAGUUUUUCAAAAUCCACUUUCAUCCAGCCUUUUUUUACAGCCCCAUGGAGAGUUACAGGAUCAGGGAAAUCUCAUUUUGAGGAACUUGGAAAGUAUUUCAAUUGAUCAAUUAAAUGUUUACUUUCAUGUAUAACGUUAGAUAUGUACAGAUAUACAGCUAUGAAAUUAUUUGUCUCCACCCUGCUGAAAAAAAAACAAUAAAACCCUUACAGAAAAUUGUAAUGGUUUCAAUUAAAAUACCAAUAGGAACCAUUAGAUUUUACCAUUAAAACCAAUACACUGUAGUGUGUUUUGGGACAUAUUCCAUUAGAACCAAUACAUAGAACCAAUAAAACCAAUACAUACCAUUAUUGACCAACAAAGACCAAUACACUGUAUGUUCUG